AUGGCUCGCAAGAAGGUGACCCUGCAGUGGAUCGCCAACGACGCGACCAGGCGCGCCACCUUCAAGAAGCGGCGGAAGGGCCUGAUGAAGAAGGCGAGCGAGCUGGCGACGCUGUGCGACGUGGACGCCUGCGUCGUCGUGUACGGCGAAGGGGAGACCCAGCCGGAGGUGUGGCCCGACGUGGCGAAGGCGGCCGAGGUGCUGGCCCGGUUCAGGGCGAUGCCUGAGCUGGACCAAUGCAAAAAGAUGAUGGACAUGGAGGGGUUCCUGAAGCAGCGCAUCGACAAGCUAAAGGAGCAACUCCACAAGGCGCGGCGCGAGAACCACGAGCGCGAGGUCACGCUCCUCCUGCACGACGCCAUCGUGGGCCGCCGCCCGGGCCUCGCGGGCCUCUCCGUCGAGGACAUCGCGGGGCUCGGCUGGAUGGUGGAGAACCUCCUCGUCGGCGUCAAGGAAACCCUCGAGCGCCACCACCAGGUCCAGGCCGCCGCCGCUGGCGCUGGGAAGCAGCCGCAGGGUCAGCAGCAGGACAACGUCGUCGUCCCCCCGCUGACCCUGCAGCUGCAGAUGCCGCCUCAGGUGAGUCUGCAGACGCUGGUGCCCUACAGCAUCGGCGGCGGCCCCGCCGGGCAGACGGACGGCGUUGUUCAUCAUCAGGCGCCGCCAAACCCGAACCCGCAGCCGCAGCCAAAGCCGCAGGCCAGCUGGCUGAUGGAAGUGGCCAGGGCCGGAGGGGACCUCGGCGCGCUCGUCUACAGCGGCUUCGGUGGUGGGCGCGGGAGCUUCGGAGGCUCCGCCGGCGCCGGCACCAGCACCAGCGCUGCGGUGGCAGACAUGCUGCCGCCUCAUCUGGGCAAUUUUGGAGCCGGAUUUGGGUGGCCUGAUGCUGCUGGCCCUUCUCAUUUCCCUCCUCCGAUGUAA